AUGUCCACGUCCACAAACUCCAAAAAUACGAUUAGCUCUCUGAAGGGACCAGACCCUCAGACUUCGAUCGCCACUGAGAGAGCCAACAGCAAGUUUAGUCCAACAGAAAUGCACUAUUUCUUGGAAGGAUCAGUUGAAAGAGCCGAAUUAAAUAAAACCAUGAUACAACAAAUGGAAAGAGAUCCAAUUUUGGCUGCUAGUUCCAAGGAUUACGAUUUAGGAAAGGCUGAGCAAAGAGAGUUGACUGCUUUAAAAAUCGCUAGAAUUGCACAAUACUUGGAAAACGAAUCAUUUGAUGAUUUCAACAAGAGAUUGUCCUUGGUUGGUGUUUUCGACCCACAAGUUGGUACCAGAAUCGGGAUUAACUUGGGUUUGUUCUUAUCUUGUAUCAGAGGUAACGGUACUUUUGAACAAUUGAACUACUGGGCUAUGAUGAAGGAAACUGCUUACUUGAAGGGUAUUUACGGUUGUUUCGGUAUGACCGAAUUGGCCCACGGUUCUAACGUUGCAGGUUUAGAAACCACUGCUACUUUUGACCAAGAAAAUGAUGAAUUUGUCAUUAACACUCCUCAUAUUGGUGCCACCAAGUGGUGGAUUGGUGGUGCUGCUCACAGUGCUACUCAUUGUUCAGUUUACGCCAGAUUGAUCGUUCACGGACAAGAUUACGGUGUUAAGACUUUUGUUGUCCCAUUAAGAGACUCCAACCACGACUUAAACCCAGGUAUCACUGUUGGUGAUAUUGGUGCUAAAAUGGGUAGAGAUGGUAUUGAUAAUGGCUGGAUCCAAUUUUCAAACGUUAGAAUCCCAAGAUUCUUCAUGUUGCAGAAAUUCUGUAAAGUUACCAGAGAAGGUGAUGUCACUUUACCACCAUUAGAACAAUUAGCCUACUCUGCUUUGUUAGGUGGUAGAGUCAUGAUGGUUUUGGAUUCUUUCAGAACUUCUGCUAGAUUCUCCACCAUUGCCUUAAGAUAUGCUAUAGGAAGAAGACAAUUUAAAUCAAACUCAAAGAAUGCAUUAGAAACUCAGUUGUUGGAUUACCCAUUACAUCAACGUCGUUUAUUACCAUUCUUGGCUUUGUCUUAUGUUUUCUCCGCCGGUGCCUUGAAGUUGGAAUCUACUAUUACUGAAACCUUGGAUGAAUUGGAUUCUGCUGUUGAAGCUGAAGACAUGGGAGGUAUUAUGAAGUCCAUUGAUGCCAUGAAGUCUUUAUUCAUCGAUUCAGGUUCAUUAAAGUCUACCUGUACUUGGUUGACUGCUGAUGUUAUUGACCAAUGUAGACAAGCUUGUGGUGGUCACGGUUACUCCUCUUACAACGGUUUUGGUAAGGCUUACAAUGACUGGGUUGUCCAAUGUACCUGGGAAGGUGACAACAAUGUCUUGGCUUUAUCUAUUGGUAAGCCAAUUAUUAAGCACAUCAUCGCUGUCUUGGAAAAUGACAAGAAGGUUAAGGGUUCAGUCUCUUUCUUAACUGACACAAAGCAAUUCUUGGAUAACAAGCCAGUUUUAACUCAAAAGGAUGAUUUGAAAGACCCACACAAGGUUUUGCGUGCCAUUGAAGUUGCUAUAAUCAGACUUGGUGUUCAAGCCGUCAAUGUAUUGAAGGCCAAUGAUGGAAACUUUGACUUCACUGGUGCCGAAUCCGUUGCCAUUUCUAAGUUAAAGGCUCACCACUACUUAUUAACUGAGUACUUGCACAGAAUUGACAUUAACGAAAACAAGGCAUUGAACCCAUUCUUGACUACUUUAGCUCAAUUAUACACUUCUUCUAUUGUCUUAGAAAAGUUCUCUGGUGAAUUCUUGGCCUACAGUGUCAUUCCAACCGAACUUGCUGCUUACAACGGUUCUACCCUCAUCCCAGAAUUAUGUCAAAAGAUUAGACCAGAUGUGAUUGCUUUAACUGACUCUUUCCAAUUAUCUGAUAUGAUGAUUAAUUCCGGUAUCGGUCAAUACGAUGGUAACAUCUAUGAAAACUAUUUCAACAUUGUUAAGAAGAACAACCCAGAAUUCAACACUAAGGCUCCAUACACUGAUAAGUUAGUUGCCAUGUUGAACAGAGGUUCCAAGAAUGACAGAGAAAGAGAUGAAAAGAGUGAAGCAUCUGCUGCUAUUUUAUCUAAGUAG